UGGUGGUGGAUUGACUUUCGGUGUGAACAAAAGUAGUUUUUGAGAAGAGCUAGCCUAUUGUCAAGACAGAAACUAAAGCUCAAGGUGAAAUGGACAAUGAAGAAAAGGAAAAUGCCCUUGAUGUGGCAUCAGACAGGGGUGGACUUCACACUGACGAGGAAAGUGAUUAUGAUGGUCCAGGCCCGGAACCCUUUGAAGAUGAAAAACCAACCUUUCCUCCUGAUUUGGAGUGGUUAGAAGAGUUGUAUGAAGAGGAAAAUGCUGCUGAUGACGAUGACCUUCCAGUUGUAGCUGACAGAAGUGGGAAGAUGAUUCAUGCCAAAACAGCACGGAUGUUCAAACUGAGAAGGAACCUGGACCAGCUGGACACUUUGCACCAACAGAAAGAACAAAAUGUGAUUAAUGCCAGAGAGGAGCUUAAACUCUGUCGUCAGAACAUUCAAAGUUUGAUGGAGCAGAGGGAUUGCUUGGAGAGAGAGAUCGAGCAACAGAAAGGAGAUAACAGCGUGGCGGUGUUUCGUUUGCGAGCCCAGCAUAAACAUUUGUGUCAAACGCUGCAGAGUGAGGAGGAACUGGAGGGCAACAUCGACAGAGUGCUGAAGCAACAAGAAUUGGAGUUGACAGAGAUAGAAGUGGAGCUCGGCAGGGUCUCUCCACUCCGGGAGGAGUUGAAGGAGGAGGAGCAGGUCUUCCAGGUCCUUAAGGGCCAGAAGGCAGCAACGCGAUUGCAGCAUGAGAAGCAAGCCAGGAAGAACUUGCAGCUCAAGUCGCAGCUUCUCAGGGAUAAACAGGCAGAAAGGGGAGAGGGCACUGAAUGUCAGAAGAAAAUUGAAGAGGUCCAGGCUAGCCACAAGGUAGCAUCAAAGCACUUGAAGAAGACCAUCGAAAGGAUGCAGCAGCAAAAGGCUGAGAAGGAUCAACAGAUGAAGGAGAUACAGGAAAAGAGAACACAGGCUGUCAAUUCCCUGAAGUUAAACAUAGCAGCCGCCCAAGAGAGCUUACAAGUCCAACAAAGCGGAGCCAGAGCAAAUGCCCCGAGAAAGGAGUAUCAACACAGACAACUGACAAAAUCCCUGCAGACCCAAGGCACCAACAGUAGCAAGCAUAUGUACCAACAGAAACAACUAGAGGAGAGAAAACGAAAACAAGAGGAAGUUGAGGAGAGGCAGAAGUCAAAGAGAGUGGAGAUUGUGGCCAAAAUACUUCAGGAGGAACAGCUGGUAAAGAGCAGAAAGAGGCAUCAAGCACUUGUGCCUAAACCCUCUACCACUGACAAGCGCUCAUCCCAGGGAGGGGCAACAGAAGAGCUCCUGCUCUACCUGGAUGAUAGGUCCUCAUCUGCCAGGGAGGAGGGAGCCACAGUUCAGUCAAGAGAUUUCAGUGACAUCAGCAGCUCAUCAUCAGCUUCCUCUGACAUUGAGGACCUGGAGGACACCAUGCACCAGGAGGAGGAUCUUCAAAGCCACGUUGACAGUUUGAUCAAGCCUGAGUUCUCUGGACUGUGGGACCAGAACUACAAGUUGAAAAAAUUCCUGAAUGAGAAACCUACAUCAGUACAGACAGAGGUAAAGCAGGAAGAACCCGCAAUGGCCAGUCCAAAGCUCAACAUGCCAAAAAGUGCUACAAAAGUCCAUGGAAAACAGUUCAAAGGGACUUCAUUUAGCAGCAAACCUGACAUCAUCUUCUUCAAGGACUUUGAAGUGGGGAAAAAGUACAAGAAGAAAAUCGUCCUGACAAAUGUCAGCUACAUGAACAGCCACUGCAGGCUUCUCGGGGUCUCUGCCAAUCUGAAGAAUUGUAUCACUAUCAACCUUGAUUCUCCUGAUUUGUUGCCUACUGGUAUGUCCUGUGACGUUCAUGCUGUUUUUCAACCGAUGAUCAAUGAGGACCUGGAAGGAGAGGUCCAGUUUUCAUCAGCAGUGGGUCCCUUCUCGGUGUCUGUCAGAUGCACCACAAAAAGAUGUGAUAUGGAGGUUGAUGAACGGUUCAUUGACUUUGGCAUGCACGUUGUGGGCCAGGCAAUUUCACGGACUAUAAUUUUAACCAACAAGGGUGCACUGGCCACCCUCUUCAGCCUGGAAGCCUCACCGUGUGUCAUUCAAGAAUCUCAGCCAGUCCGGAUGCUAUCCCAGGUCUCGGCCAACACAUGCCAGGAGACAACCAGUAAAAACCCAACAUCUGACAACCAGACAAGCUCUGCCUCUAUAGAAACAGGAGAACCUCAACUCGAGCAAGAGUGUCACAGGCUCUCUGACAAGUUGCUGCAAGGACACACAGUGUCUGAGGCUUCAGCUGCAGAUCCACAAGCUGUUCCUGAGGCUUGUGAGUCCAUUGAUGCGGUAUCCCAGAUGGACCAGAGCGACUCAGACUUUGGUGACAUAAGUCUUGGAAACGUUAGAGGAGGGGAAGUUGGACCAUUCGAAAGCAUCAAACUGGAGUUCUUAUUCACUCCCACCAUUCCAGGAGAGGCCAAGCUUGACUUUCGCAUCAAAUUCUCUGACUUAAACAGCAAACCAAUACCCAUCCAAGUGAGGGGUGUGGCAGCCAGCAUCCCUGUAUGGGUGGAACGGUCGACCAUUGACCUUAAAAUCUGCACGUUUGACCGCUUCUAUCAAGACAUUAUAACCAUCCAAAGCAGAUCCAGCAUAGCUUUAAAGCUGACCUUUGAGGUAUGCUCGGAAAUGAAAAAACACAUGGAGGUCCUUCCAAAGACGUGCUUCAUCCAGGCUCAAUCAAGCUUUAAUGCCCUACUCAAGUUCCAGCCGAGAUGUUCCUUAGCAGAAAAUGCCAAGAAGUGUUAUGACAGAGAUACAGGAGUCCUUGAGGUUCCAAUGACAGUGCAAGUAGCAGGCCAGAUGAAGCCUGUCCAUUUCACCGUCCAAGCAAUUGUGACCUCAUCAGACUUGCAGUUUGACAGGACUGAGGUGGACUUUGGCUACAGUUCCAUUUACCAGUCAGUCAAGAGCAGUGUUCACCUUACCAACCUCUCCCUGCUGCCUCAGGACUUUGGCUUCUUAGAUGUUCCUGAGUUUAUUGAGGUCCAGCCUAAUGACGGCUUUGGCACUCUGCUCCCACGAGAGACGAUGGAAAUCUUUCUGAUUUUCAAUGCGAAAAAGGCCAAAGCUUACAGUUUUAAACUCAGCUGCAAAUCUGGAAUUAACAGAGAUUUCCUCCUGUCUUGCCGAGCGGUCGGUUUCUGCCCUCCAUUGAAGCUCUCUCAUUCGCUGGUCAAAUUUGGGGCUACAGCAGUAGGUAGCCACUCCACCGCUGUACUCCACCUGAUCAACCAUAAAACCAAGAAUAACCAGCCACAACAACCAAUCUCUCCAGGCAUGGCUCCUAUAGCAGCCAAAAUGUUUUCCUUCGCCCUACCAGAGGAUUCAGACAUCAGCAUCACUCCUUCAGCAGGAAGCCUACCGCUUGGCAAGAAACAACAAAUCCAGGUCACAUUUAGACCCAGACUGCGAGAGCAGGAGAUCAAAGAGGAGGCGCUGCGACUCUUCCACCGACUGGGGCCUCUUCCUGAAAAGGAGUUUGAGAAGAACAGUCACACUGAACAGCAAGUUGAAAAGCAGGACCCAGUGGAAAUCGGUAAAGAAAAGAAGACAUCUGUGAUUCUAAACAACAACAUGGCAUCAGACGGAAAGAUGACUGACCAACCCACGGAAUCAACUGAUACUGCUGAGAUCCAGCAAGGGUCACAGCUGUAUGAAAAGGCCAGGCUCUCCCUGCUCUGCUCCUUCACCCAGCGCUUCAGAGAGUACAGCAUCCCCUGCUAUGUGUUGGACGGAGAGCCAUCAGAGAACGACAUUGAGACCCAGCAGCCAUGGAGCACAUUGAAUACCCUUUACUUGAAGCUGCAAUGUCCUGCCAUACAGCCCCCUCUGGUGGUUAUUUCCAACAAUGGACACAAUAUCAUAAACUUCCACCAGGUGGCAGUGGGAGAAAAGAAGAUCAAGAAGAUUAUGGUUCAGAACAUUUCACAUGAGUCCUUGGAUCUGAAGUCAUCCGUCCUGGAUUUAAAAGGUCCCUUUUCCCUCCUGAAUGCUCUCAGGUGUUUAAGACCUGGAGAGAUACACACUCUGGUCGUAGCCUUUACUCCAUUUCUGGAGGAAAGAUACUUUGAGACUUUGGAAGUGCAUAGCCACAGGAUGACACUGGAGAUGACUCUUUCUGGGGAUGGUGUGGUCCCUGUUGUUACCUGCAUCCAAUCAGGAGACCUACUUGACUUUGGCUAUGUGUUUGAGGAGGAGAGCGCCUCAAAGGUCGUGAAGCUGCAGAACAGCUCUGUUGUGGCAGUUAAGUUCAGGGUGCUGCUGGCCAGCUUCUCUCCCUCCAGGACUCAGGGUGAAGCUGAUGAUGUGGCCCACCAGCUUGGGAGUUAUAAAAACAUAAAGGUCCAACCUAGAGUGGGAACCCAGAACUACAGUGGGCUAAGUGUGUUCAGCGUUGUGCCAGUAGAGGGCAGCAUUGCUCCAGGACAGAGCAAGGACAUCACUGUCACCUUCCAGCCUGACCAUCCGUCUGUAAACUAUUCUGACAGACUAACAGUAGAGUUAAUGAAUAAGAAUAAAGUGUGUGUGGUGGAUCUAAAGGGUGCAGCUUCUUCCCAUAACAUGUAUCUAUAUGGAGAAGAACUUCUCACAGUGCCCACUGAAGCCCUCCUUCCUCCACUUGGACUACAAUUUAUAGUAGACUCAGAGGUGAUGGAGAAGCCAACCGUCUCUGUGCUGGUGACCCUGCAGGCAGGCUGCUGCACAGGAGCCAUCACACCAGCAGUAAGGGAGCUGCAAGUGGGCUGCAUCCGCUCUGCACAGCCCAGUAAGAAGAGUGGAGAGUUUCACUGGGAUAACUUGGCAUUGCUGCAGCAGCAGGGCUUCAACGUGGAACCCAGCAAAGGCACAGUGGAGGCAGGUCAAACACGCACCAUCGUUGUCACAUGGACUCCCCACAGUGGAUACAAGCCCUAUGAGAUGGUGCAGACAUGUGCGCUUCUUACCCUGAAGGGGGAUGAGAGGCAUGUUUACAAAGUUACCCUGAUGGCAUCGGUCUCUACCACUGCUGACUGAUCUCUGCAGUACCUGGAUGCCGGUCACACACCGACGCAGAACACAUAAAAAUGCCUAAAAUGUCUAUACUGUGUGUGUUUGUGUGUGUUUUUGUGUUGACCUUUUGACUUCCAAGAGCCAGCAGGGGUUCUUUGUUAGUUUAAGAGAAACAACCACCUCCUCCCUCUUCUUGGUGACAACUCAACAUGUGCAUUAUAUUGAAUGUUACAGUAAUUAGUCUUUGAUUUGUUAUGUCAGGUCUCGAAGCAUGUACAAAUUCUGUCUCCACAGUUGACACGUUUUUUCGACCAAAAUCCAUUGUAACGAGACAUUAUGACAACAUGUGGCCUUGAUUUAGUGUUCUGUUUGUUUAGUUGUAUGCUAAUAUGAUUUGACUGUUUGCUUUGGGC